AUGGCUACAAAAUACGAGCGGGUGGCUUCUGAUGUAGAAGGUUACACCCGUGUUAAGAAUGAGUUUAUUGCAAUGCGCGAUGGUAUAAGGUUGUGUGCCGAUCUCUUCCUGCCAUUCUCCGCCUCGAAAGAUGGCAACAAAGUCCCUGUCCUCUGCAGUAUGGGGCCAUACAGCAAAGACAUCCAUGCCUCCACAUUUGGGCUACCGAAAACUCCCAUCUAUGCUGAUAUGUACAAGCACAUCAAGCCUCUAGGUCCAGACUCAUGCUUCGAGCUAUGCGAACCACUGAUUUGGUGCAAGGAGUAUGGGUAUGCCCUUCUUCGUGUUGAUACACGCGGUAUCGGAGGUAGCGAAGGCAGAUUAGAUGCAUUUGGAUUAGAAAGAUCGUUUGAAAUCAAGGCCGACGCUGAAGGCCAAGACCUGUAUGACGUUGAAUGGGCUGCUGCUCAGAAGUGGUCAUCUGGCAAGGUGGCAUUUUCUGGCAUCAGCUACUACGGCAUGGUCGGCUACUGGGCUGCCAUGCAAAAGCCACCACACUUGACCUGUGUCAUGUCGUACGAAUCAACUUGCAGUAUAUAUCAAGCUGCCCGUCGAGGGGGGAUCUACAGUAACAACUUUCAUUCCCAUUGGUAUCAUAAUAUUGUGGUGCCCUUCCAACGCGGGUCACGAGAUGGGUCGGUCAGUGAGGAAGAGCUCGCGGCGAAUCGGGUAGAUUACCCUCAUCUAUUGGCAACAACCGAGUACCCAAAUGAAGGUCUCUUUGGUGUACUCGAGAGUAUUCGCUCACUCUCUGAUAUUACCGUCCCGAUUUACCUAGCGGGUAAUUGGACUGAUCCAGAAUUACAUUUGCCUGGAAACAUUCGAGCUUUCAAUGGUGUCAGCUCCGAGUAUAAAUGGCUCGAAAUGCACUCUGGAAACCACUUGGGCGCGUUUUACGAACCAGAGCAUAUAGCUAUGCAGAAGAAGUUCCUAGAUCACUUUCUUUUCGAUGAGAAGCAGAAUGGAAUGCUUGACGUUCCGCGGAUUCGGCUACUCCAGCACCACAAUACCGAGACCUUUUACCGCGAGAACGAGGUUUCCUUCCCACCACCCGACGCAGAAGACGUUUCUUUCUAUCUGACACCCAAGAGGGAACUCUCGUUGAGCUAUCCUACAGGAGAGGCGCAGCCACUCACUUAUCAAGGCUUCCAUGAGAAUAUUUCUUUUGUCCUUGACUCGGCCUUUGUUGACUCGUUCGAGAUCCUUGGAUCUCCAUAUCUCGAGCUUACGCUCAAGACCGAGGCGGAAGACCUGGAUCUUUUUGUGUACUUGCGUGCGAUCGAGAAUGGCAAGCCCGUCGUUCUAACCGGUAACCACGGUGAGCCUAUGGAUAGCUUUGCGAGAGGAUACUUCCGCCUCUCCCAUCGUGAGGAGGCCGCCAAGGACUUUGACAAAGAAAGGGUAAUCAAGCAGCCACCCUGUCCUCGAUCUGAGGUGACUCCGGGCCAAAUUUACAAAGUCAUAGUCCCCAUUUACCCGGCAGCGUAUCUCUUUGACAAGGGGCAGACACUCUCGCUCGAGGUUGGUUCAAUAAACACCGCGAGCACGAUUCCCCCAAUGCGUCACGAGGGAGGCGAUAGGGUAGCCAAGAGAUUUGAAGGAGAAAAUACGAUCUUCUCUCAUGGACGUUUAAUCUUACCACGCGUUAGACGCUAG